AGGAACUGAGUCCAGCAGCCGCCGGAGCGACCGAGCGACCCGGGCUGAUUUUUACCCAGUUUUCCGCCGGGGAGACAGGGCAGGGGGGUGGGCUGGGGGCUCGGGUACAGAAGAAUGAGAGAGCCCUCCCAUACGAGGGGGCGAAAACAUGAACGGGGCCGUGUACAUUUCGUUUUUCCAGGGCCAGCUGGAGUCCGUGCUGGAGCAAGUCGUUCAGCUCGCCGUCCAGGAAAUAAGCAAGACGGUGGGCUCCAGCCUGAACACGCUGCUGCUGGAGACGGCCGUGAAGGAGCAAGAAAACCGCCGGCUUAGGCUCCAGCUGCAGUCGCGGGAGAACCGGGGCCGAGCCAGCACCAACCCCGCGGACGGCGGAGGCUCUCCGGUGUCUGGUAAGAACAAGGCUGGCAAGGCGGCGGGGGACGAGCGGGCGGACGGCGGCAGAACAAAGCCCGAGCAGCGGCAGCAGCAGCUACACGCCCCCGGAGGGCAGGGCACCGAGCUCGGGCUGCACACCGACACACGCCGCCUGGAGCAGAGAGGACGAGUCGUGGACCAGCUGAAGUCGGUCAUGGAGCAGGUCCUGGACUUCGCGGUGCGCGAGCUGACGAAGAUCGUGGAGGCGUCGUUUGACGACCUGCUGCUGGAGAUCACCAAGAUGGAGCGAGAGCAGCAGACGCUGGAGGAGAGGCUGGGGAAGAGCUCCGACAGAGGGGGAGGAGGAGGAGGAGGAGGAGGAGGAGAGAAGGGGAGAGCAGGAGCAGGAGGAGCAGGGGGGAGGAGGAGAGGGUCAGAGAACGACUCAGUGUCACCCAGCGACUCUGAGGACGCCCGAGAGGAACCAGCCGAGGUCACCAAGUCCAAAGAGACGACGCAGAGAGACGAGCCGGAGCGUCCCCCCGUCCUCUCGGUCUCUCAGGACUGGGUUCCCAUCCUGGACAAGGUCUUUGGUCAGAAGUGGUGCAGUGACGUCUGGCAGAUCAAAGAGCUCGAUGGAGGAGGUGGUGGGCGGAGCCUGGCUGAGGGCGGAGCUCAGCAGGUGCCACCUGUCCCCGCCCCCUCUCUGACCCUGGAGCCCUCCCCCUCCUCCCCCCAGCAGGACCCCCGCUGGACUCCUCUGGAGGACAUGGAGGUGUUUUCUCCUGACGAGGAGGCUGCAGACAGUCAGAAGAACAGCAGCAGACCCUCACCUGGACCCUCACCUGGACCCUCACCUGGACCCCCCCUCAGCCCCACAGGAUCUUCGGGUCGUCGCUCUUCUGCCUCGAUGCUUCAUCGUCUCCUGACUCUUCCAUCUCAGCUGCUCGAGGAGGACGAGGACGCCGCCGCCAACGAAACGCUGGCCGCUUUGGCGACUGAAGGCGGCAGCGACCUCCAAGACAGCGUCCAGCCGCCUGGCCCGAUCUGCCCGUCGCCCCUGACAACCAGGGAAGAGGAGGAAGAGGAAGAAGAAGAAGAGGGAGAGGAGGAGGACAAAGGGAGAAAGAAGAAGAGGCGGAGGGUGUGGUCAGAGUGCGAGGAGUGCGGCCGCAGGUUCAGUCGGAUGUCUCUCCUGAAGGCUCACCGUCAGACUCACAUCGCAGAAAACGUUGGCGCUGACACGGCGUCGCCCUCCUCUCCGCCCGGCAGCACCGCCUUGGUGCUACGCUGCUCUGAGUGCGGCAAGAGGUUCUCCUCGGCGACCCGCCUCCACAGCCACGUCCGGACCCAGCACUGAUCCUGACGGAGAGGGUCGCCUGGUCUCAGCUGGAGCACAGAAACGGGAUCAAUAGAAGCUAAACAAAAUGAGACCAGAGGAGGAUCCACAGACCAGGGACCGGAUCAGAACCAGAGACCUGGGACCCUGAGAGGGACACAUCAGGAUCUGAGUCCAGGAUCUCACAAACAUCUGAAGAAACUGAGCAGUACUGAGACCGGAGCAGCCGGGGGGCAGACCGACUUUUACUCUGAAAGACAACAGGAAGUGAACUCCAGCAUCUUCAUCUUUGAGCUUUAGUCUUUAAAACGACAGGAAGUUAAAGUUCACACAACCUGUUUUCAGUUGAGAGCCAUAAAACUCAUAAUUGGAUGUUUUCACUGAUUAAUGAAAUAUUUCAUUGAUUAUUGGUGAACUGACACAGAACAAACUGAAACUGACCUGAAUCAUUGUUGAGCAGCAGCUCAAAUUAAAUGUCUCAUAAUUAAUAAUAAUUUAGAUUUAAUGGUAAUAUCUUUCUUUGAAUGAAACAUCAGACUUCUUGACGACAGAUUGAAUGAAAGGAACAGAAUAAUAAAAGUCGUUCUGCCGCUCGUCGUCUGCACGAAGCUCACAUGACAUCACGUGUUCUCCCAGGACCAGCUGCAGUCCAGGUCCGAUCUCCCGUCUGUCCUGGAUCCGGUCAAACAGAUCUCCACCAGAACUGAGCGACCCUGCAGACCGUCUCCUCCACCAGCUCCUUGUCAGAGUGUGGCGGGGUCCGCCUGCAGCGAUCAGACCAGCUGGUGGCUGAUGAAAAAUAAUUACUGAUGUUUCUCGUCACGUUCAGAAGCCAGUUCGUGUUUUCCAUAAAAACUUCAAAUGAAAAGA